CCGCACAUAUAAGGAGACCGUCUCAGCACCUGGAGUCAGUCUUCACAGUGAGGAAGAACAGUUAGCAGCUCAUCGUAACUUCCCGCAUCAUGUCUACUCUACGAUCUGUUCUGGUGGUGGUGGCACUCCUAGCUCUAGUGUACGUGGCAGUGGCACUACCCAGCCGUGGAUACAGCGGAUACGGACAUGGUGGCGGAUACGGACAUGGUGGCAGUUACGGACAUGGUGGCAGUUACGGACAUGGAGGCAGUUACGGACAUGGAGGCAGUUACGGACAUGGAUCUUACGGUCAGGGGUCGCACUACAGGCCCAGACCACAUUACCAACUUUCUUACCAUGGGUAAAACACCGACAUCGUCUUCACCCGGAGCGGAACUAGGAAGCUUCGCUAAUAAGAAAGAACAUGGAGUAUCAGCCUUAAGAACAGCUGGUAUAGUUAAUUUUCUCUGGCUCCAGGAGCAUGUUAUCAGGCGCUGGAUAUUAUGUUAUUUUGUUUUAAUAAAUAUUAUUAAUUGUU